UCUUUGAAUCAGAGAGUUUAAAAAAUUUCAAAAAUAGACUUAAGAGUCAGAGUUAGGAGUCAUUACAACAAGAAAAAGCCCGGAAGAGCUCGAGAGAGAAGACAGAAAUGGAAGCCGAAAAGCAAAGGGAGUGGGGUCCAAAAGCAUGGGCUCACCUCAGCUCGGUCCGCAACCAAUCACCGUUAAUCCAGUGCAUCACCAACUUCGUCUCCAUGGAUCUGACGGCCAACACUCUCUUAUCCGCGGGUGCAUCACCCGCCAUGCUGCACUCUCCUAACGAAACCCCAGACUUCACCCCUCAAGUCCACGCGCUUUACAUCAACGUAGGAACACUCUCCGACAACUGGCUACCGGCCAUGAAGCUUGCCGCUGAGAUAGCUUCCAAGUUUAAAAAACCCUGGGUCCUAGACCCUGUCGCCGCCGGUGCUUCCGGUUUUCGGUUACAGGCGUGUUUGGAUCUUAUCUCCCUUAAACCCACCGUUAUCAGAGGCAACGCCUCCGAAAUCAUCGCCUUGGCUAACGCUUCCGUGGGGUUCACCAAAGGCGUAGAUAGCUCUCACGACUCAACUGACGCCGUCGAAGCGGCGAAAUCCUUGGCUAAUUCCAGUGGUGCCGUCGUGGCGGUAUCAGGGGCCGUCGAUUUCGUCACCGACGGGAAUCGAGUCGUCGGAGCUCGAAACGGCGUGCCGAUGAUGCAGAAAAUCACGGCCACGGGAUGCGCUGUCACCGCGUUGAUCGCCGCUUUCGUUGCGAUUGAUCCGUUGCAGGCUUUGGAAGCAACGGCUUCCGCGUUGGCCGUGUUCGGCGUCGCCGGUGAGAUAGGGAUGGAGAUGGCGAGAGGUCCGGCCUCGUUGCGGAUGCACUUGAUUGAUUCUCUCCACGGACUUGAUCAAACGACCGUGAUUUCUACGGUUAAAAUCACCACCUCGUAAAAAAAAACACAUUUUUACGUGUAUCUCCUCUUUUUCUCGUUCAAGAGUUAACAAGAGCAAAUUUCAGAUAUUAUAAUGUAAUUACAAUAUAUGUUUUUGUUUAUUAAAAACAUUUAAAGUUAAA